AUGGGAGACCUUUUGUCCAAGCCUUCAACAAACCCUAGCGAUUCAAAUCUGAGCAUCGACAUGUCUGCCUCCCAGCCUUCGCAAACCCAAAAAUCAAAACCAGAUGAAGGAAACCCUAAACCCAAAUCCCCAGAAACCCAAACCCCAAUUCACGCUUCAGAUCAACCAGCAGUGCAAGAAAAGGAAACCCUAGAAUCCCAAACCCCCAUUCAUGCUUCAGAUCAACCAGCAGUGCAAGAAAAGGAAACCCUAGAAGAAAGUCAAGGACAAAACGAUUCAAAAAAGGAUCAGGAAGGUGAAUACGAAGAAGAAGGAGAGUGUGGGUUCUGCUUGUUCAUGAAAGAAGGUGGAUGCAGAGAAAGCUUCACUACUUGGGAAAACUGCGUCCAAGAUGCCGAGAAGAAGAAAGAAGACAUUAUCGAGAAGUGUUCCGAGAUGACUAGGAUGUUGCAUCAGUGUAUGGAGGCUCAUCAGGACUACUACGGGCCGCUUCUGGCGGCGGAGAAGGCGGCUGUUAAGGAAUUGGAGAGAGAGAAAGGGAAAGAGGCGGAUAAGAAUGCGGAGGAGGAGGCUGUUAAGGAAUUGGAGAGAGAGAAAGGGAAAGUGGCCUCUGCAUCGUCGUCAGGUCAGCCGGAGCAGAAUUCAGCUGACAAGGGUUCGGGAUAGCAAAUUUUUGAGGGGUCUUAAUUUUGGGUUAUGGGAAAAAAUUGUUGUUUUGCUUUUCAUGGUGAUUCAAAGGUGGGGAUGGAGGAAAUUACUGAGCUUUUCUUAGGAAGACAGACUAACACAAUUAGAAUUGAAUACGAAAUACUUGCAAUAACUAUUCAAUGACACAUUGA